GCUCGUCGAGUUCGACCGCUCACCUCGUCACCUAAUACAAAGGCAAACGUCCUUUUCUUCUCAUUGUUGUUCUUUCUAUAUAUAAUAAACCCUCCGCUCUGUACAAAGCUGUCGUUCGAGCCCAAGCCUUUUCGUUUUCCUUUCUCCGCUUCGUCAGAAUCACGGUCCACGCCUCUCUUGUUCGGUAGCUUUUGGUGGAAAAACCAUGAAAAAUGAUCUCUUUUCGUCUCCUUGAUGUGCUUUUUCUCUGCUUUCGAUUUCGAUUGAAAGUUUCUGAAGAAGAUAAGCAACUGGCGGCGGUGGGUGUUGCCGGCGUUGGAAUUUUAGUUUCCAUUUUGUGCUUCUUGUCGGGAAUAGCAUUGCGGGAAUCACUGGUAAACGAGCUUGUCUUGGAGAUUAAAAUUAUGGAAUUCUGUUGUUAAUGCUUUGCGAUUUUGUCUGGUUUUUGUGAGAUUAAUCUGCAUUUGAAUGCUACCGAGCAUUUGGGGAUAAAUAAUUAGGGUUUUCAAUUGAUUUGGUGGAAUUUGGGGGCAGCUUGUUUCGUCGUAGCUGGUUUUGGUUUCUGGAAUGGUUAAAUAGUUAGUGUUGUUGACGAGAUAUGUAUACGAAUCUGAUUCGGAUGGCGAAUUGGGGGUGGGGUUGACUUUAAUUUUGGUUUCAUCAGUUCGUUCUUAAGAUUUGGUAAUGUGAGGAUUUUUAGGGUUUUGGAUUUUAGGGGUUUUGGAUGCUGAUGAUAAUCAUCGAAGAAAGAUUACACCCUUUUUAUUUGGGAUUGAAUUUUGGUUCAUUGUACUACUAGAAAUGGAUGUUUGGGUUUUUGCUGCUGCCGCCGGCGCCGGAUAUGUAGCUCAGAAAUUGAAGAAUCUUCGAUUUAAUAAAAGUAAUUCGUGCUCGGUUUCUGGCAAGAAGUGUAGCUUUGAUCUUUUUGAUUCCUCCAGAGCUGCAAUGGCUGCGCAAGAAAGUGUCGAGGGGCAUAAAAAACUGUCGUGUAAUGAUGCUUCGAAUAGUGGAGCUGAAAGGGACAGUAUGGCAAUGGUUGUUGAUUCAAUGUUCCGAGGUGUGGUUUAUGAUCCGAAUUCUUCAAAGGGACGUAAUGUCGAGGAUAGUGACAAAGGGGAUUGGGAGGACAGAGUGGCUUUCGACGCUGGCGAGGUUCUUACAGGAGAUACGGCAACUCAAUCUUCAUCAAGAGAUGUUGGAUUUUAUUACGGGUUUAAACGGGGUAGAAGUAGCCGGAAAUUUGGAGGAAUUAGGAGUAAAUUCAUGAAGCCGCGAAAUUCGCUCGAAAGCUGUGUGAUGGCUCAGUUUUAUAGAGAAUAUGCCAAAUUUGAGGAAUGCAUUUGCUCGGUUCAUCCUCCGGAGAAACCAAUUUCGAAUCCAUUUUGUGUGAGUGAUGGAAGUAAAGUAAUUCGAAGAAUGCCUUGUGAGUCUUGUAGUAUGACACGAGAAACGAUCAAACCUGAAGUUUGUAAUGAUACAUGUCCUGAAGGGGAUGAAUUAGUCGUUGGCAUUCCAAAAUUGCCUCCCGUGAAGUUGUCGCAGAGAGGUAAAGCUAAAGUCGGAACUGAGCAGGUUUUGAUGGAGAGACGAAAUGUGAAAUUGGCGACUGGAAAUCGAAGUAAUGAACAAGAUGGAUUAUCCGACGGUACUCUCCAAUUCUACGUUGGAUUGACUAUGGGCAUCUUAUAUUCAUUCUGGGGGAGCAAAUGGGAAAUCGAAAAGUUAAAGAAAUCAUUGGCGCAGACCGAGAGCCUCAUCCAGGACUUGCACGAGGAGCUCGAGAUGAAAGAUGCAUUAACAGUGAAGGAGCUUGCGGUCGAGGAUCAUGAAUCACCAAAUGCGCAGAACGAUUCUCACGUUGACGACGCCGGGCAACCAGCUUCAUCACUCGAAGAAAAACAGGACAAUUCUUCGAGGAAUUGCAAUGCCGAUAAAGUUGCUGAUGAAGAAUCGUUGCGGAAAAUUGAAGCAGAGCUUGAAGCCGAACUGGAUAUGUUGGAAACGAACAUGAAUUCCUCUCGGUUUAAAGGGCAAAUGUCCAGUUUAGCAAAGCUCGAUCCGAAUUUCGUAUCCAAUGUUAUCGAGGGCGAGUUUCGAGCCGACUUAUUCGGGGUAAAAGUUGGUGCCCAAGUUUACGCUGAUAGAGACGGGAGCAACCGUUCGACGCCACGGUACGACCAAUAUCCCGUCUCUCCUAGGGAGCUAAGUCUCCGCUUACACGAAGUCAUCCAGUCGAGGCUCGAAGAGCGCGUGCGGGAGCUCGAGGCGGCGCUCGAGCACAGCCGUCACAAGAAGCUCGAGUGUUCCCCGGAAUCUGACCGCACCCAUUCGUCCGAGCACGAAAUCGCGGCUGCGUCCCGCGAUUUUGAUCAGCCCGUCAUCAUCAACCUCUCGCGGGGAACUCCGGCUGCAUACAACGACGCGUACGAGGAUGAGGAAGAGAUGUGUCCGUUUUCCGGUGGGGGUCGGGGGGCGGAAAUGCGCCGGAAUUCAGAAGAGGAAUUGCCGACGGCGACGACGGCGGCGGCGGCGGCAAUUGAGCAGUGUAGCAGUGGGGAGGAAGAUGAGAUGGAGAAGAUGCUGAUAAGGCAGAUUGUGGAGAAGGCGAGGAAAGGGUCGCCGGCGGUGAUCAAUGCUCGGAGGGCUUUGCUGUCUGCUGAAUUUUGAUGCCGAUUAUUCAGAAUUAGGAUUUUUUUUUUGUGGUGAUUUUUUAAUUAAUGUGUUCUGUAGCCUUUUUGACGUAUGAAUUUUUUGUAUUUUUAAAAAAGAAAGUGUUAAAAUGUGUGUAAGUUCUGUUUUUCUAAA